AAUGCGUCUUUGUCGAAAAGACUCUUGCAUGAAGACGUCAAACUCUACAAAUCACCAAAUCACAACGAAAAAGUUAAUCUUAUUAUUUACAGCUAUGAAUUGAGGAUAUAGAUCAAACAACAAAUAAAGAUCAAGAUGUACAGCUUUAGUAAAUCCUCACCCCCAGCAUCACCAACAUCAUCCACACAUUCAUCAUCCUUUAAUUCUGUUGAUGGUACACAUGAUAGCAGGAAUGAAGCUAGACUUACAGCUACAGCUAAACGACAGAAAUAUCUCAAAAGAUUGUGUAAAUUCAGACAGAUGGACUUUGAAUAUGCCUUCUGGCAAAUGAUCUAUUUAUUCAUAUCUCCACAAAAAGUGUAUAGAAAUUUUCAAUACAGAAAAAAUACAAAAGAUCAGUGGGCCAGAGAUGAUCCUGCCUUCCUUGUCUUAGUUGGUUUAUGCAUUCUCAUAUCCUCUGUAGGAUUUAGUAUAGUGUUGAAGAUACAUUUUGUUGGAUUUUUAAAGCUUGUGUUAUGGACAGUAUUUGUGGACUAUAUUGGAGUUGGACUCCUGAUUGCAACAACAUUUUGGUUGAUUUCAAAUAAGUAUAUGAUAAUGGCUCCACCCAGGGGACAGGACGUUGAAUGGGGUUAUGCGUUUGAUGUACAUUUGAAUGCCUUUUUCCCAUUAUUGAUGAUAUUGCAUCUAUUCCAGCUGGUAUUUUUAGGACCAUUCAUUAAUGCAGGAUAUUUCCUGGGACUAGUGUUUGGUAACACUUUAUGGCUGGUUGCAAUCAUGUAUUAUAUUUACAACACAUUUUUAGGAUAUAGUGCUUUGCCGUUUUUGAAGAAUACCAGAAUCAUAUUAUAUCCAGCUACAGUUGUUGUUUUUUUCUAUAUACUGUCUGUUAUUUUAAAGUGGAAUUUUAGCAAAAUGUUAUGUGACUUUUACGAAUACAGAGUUUUCUGAUCAAAUUAUUGUCAAACAGUCAAACAGGAUAUAAUUAUGUGACAGAGAUUGGGCUUAUAACAUUGAAUAAUUGCUGUGAAUUCAUUUUUGUUGGUACCAAUUUUUGUGGAUUUUGGAAAACAUUGUGUUGAUACUUGAUGUCAUAGUUUUGACAUGUGGUAAAGCCUAUAGGAAAUUUAUAUUUGAUUAAACUCUCUAAUUCAUGAUUCCUCUCAUGAAAUCCACACAAAUUAAUACUCAAAAAUGAUAUUCAAUCUACAGUAUACAAUGGCCUGUCAUAUAUAUGACAGAAAUCUUCAUUAAUUUGAGCACUUGAAAUGGUAUCGCAUCAUUGUUAAUUUUUUUUUUUUUUUUUUCUCAUGAAUAACGACCUUGUCAUUUGUAAAGAUAGAUUUAUAAAAUGCAAAGACAUAGAUAAAAGAGGCAAUGUGAGGUACAUUGAUGAGACAGCAUUCUUUAUACACAAUAUCACCAGAUUUUCUGAAAGUAAAAAGUAACAUAUUGCCCUGGUAUUAUCUUGUUGACAGACAUUGAUCACUUGUAAUAUGUUAGAGCUUUUUAAUCUGUCAAACACUGGCCUUCUUUUUACUGAUACUUUGAACAACAAGUCUUAUUAUGCUUAGCACAAGAAGGCAUGCAACUUCUUGUUAUAAUUUAAUUUGAAUUUAAUUUUAAAAAACACGACCAUAUCACAUAUGUUUAAAUUGUUUGUUAUUCGAAUAUCAUAUUGUAAAAGUUACUUCAUCUUUUUUAUGUAUUUUAGAGGGAUUAAAAUGUUCACAUAGCAUUCUAUUUGUAAAUAUAUAAUAAAUUGAUGCAUUGCUUGUGACCUAUUUUGUAAUAAAACCUGUAAACACUU